AUGAGCGGUAGAUACGGAGACAGGUACUCCGUCUACAACGCUAGGCCGUACCAUUCCUAUUUACUGUCCGACGAAGAGGAAGAGGACGACGAGAUCUGUGUGUGGAAAGACAGCUCAGGGCUGUCGGAAAUAGAGGAUGUCGACGAGGAUCUGGCCGAGUACUUUCGCAAAGCUGUCAUUGCUGACAAUCUGAAGCUGAAGGAAACACGAGGGAAGAAGGGCGCGGCGACCAAACAGCGGGAAGAGCCGAGAGAGGCUGAGAGCAGCGACGCAGGACCAGAGGAAGAUCCGGCGGGGAAGCUGACAGACGAGCAGGCUGAAGAGCGGCGACAGACCGCCUAUGCUCUGGCGACAACUCGACGGAAUCUAACCAGGCUAUCGCAGUGCAUACUGAAGCUGGAAUGUCGCGCCGGAAAAGUCACGAAGGAGGGCAUCCGACAGACCCUGGACGCAACCGCCAGCGGCAGGAAUCUGGCGGAACGGGAGGACGACGGCACUAGCCAUCGAGACGAGAUAGAACAGCUGAAGCUGCUCAGUCAGAGCGCGCUUCAUCGACUGCUGCUCGUCGACCAACACUGGCGGAAGCAGAGCCGGGCGGCGCGCGACCCUCAAGGUAAGUGCCCGGACAUCCGGAUCAAGGGCGAGCCCGAAGUCAAAGACUGGCUGAAGGUGGAGAUGCGGACGAACCAUCUGACCGGCGACGACGCGUGCUACUUCACGCUGGCGAACCUGGCCGAAGGGCGUCCCUUCGCCGACUGGGUCGCCCACCUCAAGACCGCGUGCGAAUUCGAGGACGACCCAGCCGACGAAACCAAGCUGGUAAGCUUGGCCUGGCGGUUCCUGGACCGCGACCUGCGGGGGGCGCUGCCGCCGGCCACGCCGACGAAGAUCGCAGACUUUGUCGAGGGGCUCGAGGCCAAGCGCGACAGCGGCAGCUUCGGGGAAGCCCUGAAGGAUCCCAAGAGGCGCGAGCAGGAGGACGAGCAGUCUUGGGAAGACAUCAAGAAGUUAUGGUCGGGUAGGAUCUCGCAUUAG